GGUUUUCAGACGAGGCCUAGUUGUAUAGAAUCAACGAGAGUAUUCUGGUUCCGGGCCGGACCGCAUUUUGCCGCCGGCUCGCAGUGUAAUGGUCAUGUUAGGUUUGUCAAACAUUUGUAUUACAUCCCUAGGAUAAUUGGGACUUAUGUUUUUAAUGUGCAGCGCUACAAAAACAUCAGUAUUUCCCAGUGAAGCAGAAACAGUGAACAUCUAGUGAUAACAAUAACAAAUCCUAACGUACUGCCGGAACCGGAACCAAGUGUACUGCAAUAACCGGAAGUGAUAAUGUAGUGAAGAAUUAACUCUGCGGAAUGGAUGGAGGGAAUCGAAUGGAUUAGUCUCGGGGAUUAUGGAUUAUGAACCUUUUCCAGGAUUAAAGUAAUCCUUCAAGCUUCCGGACAAUAUGGCUUAUUCUUUCGGGUAUAGCGGCAACUACACUCCGAGCCAGGUGGUGACCGGCGUGCCAACAACCUCCCCUGGGUCAACUGGGUCAGGUUCCAACCUGUCCCCCUCCUGUGGGGUUGAGGGGGGCACCACCUCCUCCCCCCUCUCCUCUAACCCCAGGGUGGGAAUGAACGAUAUGUCUGGACAGUUGCUGGACAGCUCCCUAGCGGCGCUAUCCUACCCUCGGUUGGGAGGUGGGAUGGGGCUCGGAGGUGGUAUGUAUGGAACUAGCUAUCCUCCCUCAGAGCAGAAUCCAUAUCCUUCUCUAGCUAUGGAUAGCUCAUCAGCUUUCUAUGGAUCCUUGACUGGAGGAUACAGUGGUAUGAAGGAGGGUGGAGGAGAGAUGGGUUGGCCGUCUGGAGGUCUCUCUGGAGGCCUGACCUCGGCUUAUUAUUCAUACGAUCACCCUUCUUUAGCUGCAUAUGGGUAAACAAGUUUAUCAAAUUAAUUAAAGAGAUUGUCUUGGUAAUUUCAAGUGUCCUUCCGGCCAACAUUAAAAGAAAAAGAACCUGGCCGAUUUACAGUGGUACAGUAACCUUCUU